UUAAAAUAAUACCCACUAUACUCUAUUAGUUCUUUGUCAACAAUUCACGAGGUAUAUUUAGGUCAUUCCAUUUCUCUCUCCCACUAGAAUUUUCAUCUACUUAUCUGAGUUAUCUCUACUCCAAAUCGCCUGGUUGUCUCGAUUUCGCAGGUUGAAAUGGUUGGUAGCAGAGGAAAGGGAUCAAGAUCGAAACUUAAAGGUCUUGCAUCUGGGCCUGUAAAGCCAGAGCCUGUGAAGAUCAUUUUUGAUGAAUCUUCUGAUGGUCUUUUAGAUGGAGAGGUUGGAAAGACUGAUACUUUGAACUCAGAAAUGAAUUCAUUAGAGGAGGAACAGAUGGAUGAGAUAAUCUUUGGAUCUGUUAGUGGUGAUGGACUUGAAGGAAAGGAUCCAAAUUCUCAAGAAGUCAAUGAUAGGGAAAAGGAUGGUGUGACAGAGAUGGAUGUUAACAGAAGUGAAGAUUUUUGUUCACAUGAAGGAACAAUAAAGGAUGUGAAUGAGGUGAGUGGUGGAAGUGAUGCGACUGCUGAUGUAAGUGCUGAGGACAAUGAAGAAAAAACUAAUAAAAUGAAGGCAGAGGAAGAACAUGAGGCAAGGAAGAAUGAUAAGGAGGAGGAAGAUGAAGCACCAGUGAUGUUUAAGCUUGGCCAUGAUGAUGCUUGUGCUGGGGAUGAAAGGAAGAGUCCCGUGGUGUCCCUAGAAGGUGUGCCAACUGAUAAAGAAGGUUUGGCUUUUUCUGAUCAUGUAAUAAUGGAAAACAUGACAGAUGAUCUGGAAUAUCUCAUAGAACCAAGUAAGCUUGAUUUGGAAGAGCCAAUAGGCCAUCUUUCAGACAGGGGACAUGAAGAGAAUGUAAAAGAAAAUGCAAACUCUACUAAUGAAGUCAAGGAAAACACUGGGCAGGUCAUUAGACCCAAGAGGAAAGCAGGAAAGAAAAAGGUGGUUAAGAAAAAAAUUAUGGUACGGAAGCCAAAGGAAGUUGAAGCUGGAAAAAAUGAUAAGAAACCAGAGGAAGUGGAAGCACCAAUGAAGUUUGAGCUUGACAAUAAUGAUACUGGUACUGCGGAUGAAAGCAAGAGUUCAGAGGUAAACAUGGCAGAUAAUCUGGAAAAUCACAAAGAACCAAGUAAGCUUGACACGGAGGAACCAAUAAGAACUCUUUCAGACAGGGGGGAAGAAGAACAAAUAAAAGAAAAUGCAAGCAUUAUUAAUGAAGUGAAAGAAGUCACUGGACAAGUCAAUAGACCCAAGAGGAAAAUCAUGAAGAAAAAGGUGGUUAAAAAGAAGAUGGUACAGAGGCAUGCUAGAGCUGCAAAUGAAGAACUGCUACAACUUUCUGACGAGAACAAUGCAUUUGGUGAAGCAUGCAAAGCAGAUACCAACGGACAAGUAAACAAUGAAGACCUGUCGGAUGGACCUUGCAAAGUAGGCACCAAAGAUCAUGUAAACAAUGAAGACCUAUCAGAUGAAGUGUGCAAAGUAGACACCAACGAGCAUGUAAAUAAUGAAAACCCGUCAGUUGAAGCAUGCAAAACAGACAAAAAUGAACAUGCAAAUAAUGAAGAGGCUGAAGUGAAACCAUCUGUGAAGUUCAAUAGGAAACUGAAAAUUAUUAGGAAAAAGAAGACUCCAGGUACAGCAACUGCGCAAGAUGCUCACAGGCCUCAAUCGGGAAAUGAAGAAACAAGGAUUGUCAAGCAUGUAGGAGUUAAUGAGCCAGACGGGAAAAAUGGUGAGGUGGGAAAAUCAGGGGAUAAGGGUCUCUUAAAGAGGAGUCAAAAGAAAAAGUUUACUAAAAAGGUCUCCCAGGAAGGGGUUCCUGAAGACGUAAAUAGGUCCAAACCAUCCAAGGAGGGCAAAUCAUCUAAAAGGAUUGAUAGCAUGGGGAUGAUAUUCAUGUGCAGUUCAGAAACAAAGAAGGACUGUUACCAAUACAAAAUUUUAGGGCUACCUGCUGGCAAGAAAGAUAUGGUUUCGAAAAUUUACCAGGGCAUGAGACUUUUCCUAUUUGAUAUUGACCUGAGAAUGCUGUAUGGAAUUUACAAGGCUGCUGCUCCUGGGGGCUACAAUAUUGAACCCAGGGCAUUCAAGUCCCAAUAUCCUUCUCAGGUUCGUUUUGCCGUCCUUGAAGAUUGUGUGCCAUUAGCAGAGGAGAGAUUCAAAAAUGUCCUCAAGGAUAAUUACUACACGAAGAACAAGUUUGAUUGCCAGCUGAACAGUAAGCAGGUGAAGAACUUGUGUAAGCUUUUCCAUGAAGCCAACAAGAAAGCCGAAUCCCAAAAAGCAAGUGGGAGCCGAAGACCAGCUGACACCGGUUUAUCUGCAAGGCGGGACAAGAAGAGAAAAAGGGCAGAGGAUAUCCGUAGGGGAGCAGCUACACCUGUAGAGCGGGAAAGAAGCCGUCGAAGGGCACAUGUAGAAUUAAGGCGUGCGCCUGUGGUCAUAGAUGACAGAAGCCGGCGGAGGGCUAGGGAAGAAAUAACAAGACAUGCUCCUAUGGUCAUAGAUGACAGAAGUUGGAGAAGGACUCGGGAACAAAUAAGGCAUGCUCCUGUUGUCAUAGAUGACAGAAGCCGGAGAAGGGCUCAGGAAGAAAUAAGGCAUGCUCCUGUGGUGAUAGAUGACAGAAGCCGGAUAAGGGCUCAGGAAGAGCUAAGGCAUACUCCUCUGAUGAUAGAUGACAGAAGCCGGAGAAGGGCUCAGGAAGAGCUAAGGCAUGCUCCUCUGAUGAUAGAUGACACAAGCCGGAGAAGGGUUCAGGAAGAAAUAAGGCAUACUCCUGUUGUUAUAGAUGACAGGUAUCACGGACUCCCUGUUUAUGAGAGGGAAACCUACAUUUCAUCUGUGGCACCAGCUAGUUCAUAUCAGCCUUUACAGGUGCAUAGUCCUUCACGCGCCAGAAUGUAUUCCUUUGAUAGAACCUUGGAAGUUGAUCCUUAUAGGAGGGACUCGAUAUUAGAUCAUCGAGAUCUGAGCCUUUUGAGUUCACGGGAAUCAAGACUUCCAAUUGGGCUCAGUCACCUUAACGCCUAUGCGCCAUACAGAGAACCCCAUGUCUACAGUGGCUCGGUUUAUAGCACUGAUACAAGGAGAGAACAUUAUGACUAUACUUCUGGUGAGCCGUAUGCCCAGAAUUAUACACCUGCGGAACAUCGUCCUCCCCCACCUUUGUAUCGUAGAUACUGAAUCAUUUUAGGGAACGGCGGAUCAACUGUGUCUUUGAAUGGCUGUGAACAUUUUAGUUUUACAUGGCGACAGACAAUUGUCCUUUGCCGUUGACGAUCUUUAAUUUUAUGUACUGUACUAAAUUAAGUCUUUGUUUUCCGCAA